GCGACCGCCUACACGUCGGACGUGGUAGUACGUACUGGCAACUGUUACUUACUUGAAGUAUGCCCGUAGAAUCGUCUCUGCGAUCAAGUCAACUACCGCAGUGACAUGUAGCCCACUUGUUAACACAUGCUUCACUCAUCACGUCAAUCAUCAACCGGCUCAAACAAGACUAGACAAGACAGCGCAAAGGCCGGGGCGAAUUCACAAGCACACGUCCGUUGGUUCUCAUGACCGACUUCAAACCGACUUCAUCGUUUGCAACAUUCCACACUUAACGCCGCACAGGCUCUGCGCUGUCGGCCCUGUCUUUUGCGUGUCUUGCUGGCAAUCCAACCAUGGCGAGCCUGGAGAGACCGCACGCCGUCGCUGACCGCUACAGUGCUGUCCUUCGCCUGCUUCCAGCACCUCUUCAGGCUAUUCUGAGGCUGCGGUCUGCCGUAGUUCUGGGCGCUCUCGUGGUUGUUCUGCGCGUCGUGUUGUCACGCUCCCGGCGAAAGUCCCGGAAGAUCACUGACUUUGAGCGUAUCGCUCGCCCAGUGAGGGGUGGCGAGAAGACCGGUGCAAGUGAGUAUGACGUAGUGCUUGUGGGCGGUGGGACAGCUGGUUGCGUGCUCGCUUCUCGAUUGUCUGAGAAUCCGAAGCUACGCGUACUGCUCAUCGAGGCUGGCGGCAGUUCUGUGCAUAACCCUUUUUCGCGCGUACCAGCACUGUACCACAGGUUCUUCCAUACGGGAUACGACUGGGAGAUCUUCACCACUCCUCAGGAGCAUGCUGCAUCGAAACGCAAGUACUGGCCAAGAGGGAGGAUGUUGGGAGGAUGCUCGUCCAUGAACGCCAUGAUCUUUCACCAUGGCGCCCCUACAGACUUUGAUGAGUGGGCUGCAAUGCAAAAGGGCCAAGAGGGCGCUUCAGAGUGGCAAUACGAGAACUUCAGCAAGUACUUCCGGAAGUUCGAGAAGUUCCAUCCGAGCAAGGACUACUCACUGGUAGACGUCGCCCUCCGUGGCUCUGCGGGACCAGUUAACGUGGGCUACUUCGGGAAUAACUCCGAGACUACGCAACACUUCCUUGAGGCUUGCCAUAACGCCGGGCUGGAGCGCAGUCCAGACCUCAACACAGCGAAAGGCACUCUUGGGUCCAGUAAAGUGCUGACAUUCAUCGACUCUCAAGGCCGGCGUGUGACGACGGAGUCUGCGUACCUCACCCCGGAGGUGCUCGCGCGCCCUAACCUCGUCAUCGCGACUCAUGCACAGGUUACACGUAUCCUGUUCGAGGGAGCUGAAGGUGAGGCUCCGAGAGCAGUGGGGGUGCAGUUCCAGGACAGGAAGGGCGAACUAUUCGAGGUGAGGGCAAAGAGGGAGGUGAUAAUCUCAGCGGGCGCCAUACACACACCUCAAAUCCUCAUGCUGUCCGGGAUCGGCCCCGCCGACCACCUUUCCUCCUUCAACAUCCAUGUGCUCGUUGACCACCCGGGUGUCGGCGCGCAUCUCAUGGACCACCCCGUCAUCGACUUCCACUUCCGCGACAAGACCAAGUCGCGCAUGUCCGCGCUCUCCUACGACGCGCAGAAGUUCGGCAAGGUCGAUCCGGCGGCAGUCCUGAAGCAGCUGGCAUACUUCGCGGAGUAUAAGAUCUGGGCGUCGGGCCCGCUCACCACGAAUGUUGCUGAAGCUGCCGCCUUUACACGCUCCGACGAUGCUGGCCUACUCGCCAAGGCGGGUGUAACGUUGCCCGCACCGGACGACCUGGAGGACUCGACGUCGGGCUCAGGUGCACCGGACAUCGAGAUAUUCUUCACGCCGAUGUCGUACAUCGAGCAUGGGAGAGUCCCAUUCCCGCCCGGUCACCACGUCGGGGUGCAUACAGUCCUCCUCAGGCCGACAAGUACGGGCACUGUGAGGCUCCAAUCAGCAAAGCCCUCCGACGCGCCGAUCGUCGAUCCAAAGUACUUCGCCACGCAACACGACAUCACCGUGCUCGUUCGCGCCGCCCGUCUCGUCGCACACAUCAUCAACACGGCCCCCUUCUCGAGCGCGACCCUCGACCCCGCCGGGUCUAGCGACACUAGCGGCCUGCUCAACCACAAUCUCGCGCAGCAGUCCGACGCGGAGAUCGAGGCGCUCAUCCGCGACCGCGUCGAGACGCUGUACCACCCCGCGUGCACCGCGCGCAUGGCGCCCAGGGAGGACGGCGGCGUGGUGGAUCCGCUCUUGAGGGUGCAUGGUGUGCAGGGACUGAGAGUGUGCGAUGCGAGUGUGUUUCCAACGAUUACGAGCGGGCAUACGGCCUCGCCGACGAUUGCACUUGCGGAAAGAGCUGCGGAUAUCAUCCUGGGCGCAUACGGGGAGUGAGUUGCCGGUACCACCAGCCUCGUCUUCGGUGGCUGUCUUGGCUAUUUUUGGCGAAUUGGAACUAACAUAUCAGGAGGCUGCUGCGCGUUGAUCAGUCGCCUACUAAUCUCAGUCUGUGUGUAACGUAUUGUUCGAUAGGGUGUCGAGGGUGUACCUCACUUACCAUUGGA